UUCACAUGGCCUCUCUUCAGCCUCAGCGUCAGAAAGCCAGCUCACCACCUUCAUUGUCCAAGCAGCGUCGCGGUAGUACGGCACUUUCAUGCGCAGAGUGCAGGCGGUUGAAGCUGAGAUGUAAUCGUGUGUUUCCUUGCACCGGUUGCGUUAAGAAAGGAUGCGCUGCAAUAUGCCCUGAUGGUUCUCUUACCACUGGCAAGGGCAACAGGUUCAUUCUCGCCAAUACCGAAGUACUGCAUGACAAGAUUGGCCAACUUUCGUCUCGCGUUCGCCAGUUGGAAGACGCACUGGCAGACACCUAUGGUCUCCAUUCCGCAGAGCGACACCCUCUAUUGUCAGAUGACUUGUUGCAGAUCAAACGCCCACUCGAAAGAGAGCCUCAUAAGGAAAUCGCAGAGACGUUAGAAGCUACUGCGUCGGAAUCAGAGAACAUUGAUGCCGUUGGCUCAUUAUCGAUCUCUGAGACUGGCAGGUCCAACUUCUUCGGGUGUACCGCGAAUGCAUGGUAUCUCUUGCAGAACGAGGAACCACGCGAUGAAGAAGAAACCUCCCGCCCAGAGCUUGGACUACCCAAUGAUUUACCAUGGUUAAGCCACGCAUUCCCCUUCACUUCCAGCGUCAAAGCUUCAUCUCAAAACGUUCGCGAGACUCUACUGGGCUGCCUUCCGGAUCCUCUGGAAGCUAGACGACUCGCCGACAUUUAUUACAAUAACGCGGCAUGGAUGUACCGACCCAUAUGGGAGAAUGACUUCCGUGAUGUUAUCCUCACUCCUAUAUACGACCCCCAACAAAAUUCGAACACAGGCCCUCCUAUGAGUCAGAAGCUCUCGGUACUGUUCCUUGUUAUGUCAAUGGGUGUUCUGAUGGAUUUGGAUCGACCACCGAACUCGAACGACGCCCACUAUUACUUUCAGCUAGGGCGAGCUGCUCUUGCUCUUGAUUCGAUUUUUGAGGACCAAUCAUUGACCGCUUUGCAAGCACUGCUCUUGAUGUUGCACUUCAUGUUCUUAUCCGACAUUGAUGGCCCACGCUGGGCGUUCAUGGGGAUGAUUGUAAAAUUAACCCACAGUUGCGGCCUCCAUCGAGACAGUGGCAAAUGGAAUCUCAGUCCGGAGGAAACACAAAAACGAAGAGCGUUGUUUUGGGAAAUAUAUACAUACGACUCUUGGAUGAGUUUGACGUACGGGCGACCGCCUUCGUUCUCACUUACUCACAUGGAUUGCCGUAUGGCAUACGAACCCACUCAAAAUGCAGAAGGCGAAGAAGACUAUGGGUUUCACUUGUGGAAACACAAGUUCUGUUCCCAGUGUCUUAGCAUCGUUCACGACCAAGCCUUUGGAGCCAAGAUGCCGAGCUACAAGCUCACACAAGAACUCGACAGGAGAGUGCGUAACUUCAAGACACCGCCUACCUUACGAGUUCCCGGCUUCGGUGGACCAAUGUCCGAGAUCGAGCCACCCUCGCCAGCUUUGACCAUGCAACGUUUUAUCGCAUUCUCCAUCCGGGAGAUCACGAUAUUCUAUAUGCAUCGCGGGUUUUUCGCACAUGCAAUGACCACAAAUCCUGAGGACCCUCUUGCCAGCAAGUAUGCCCCCUCGGUCCUUGCAGCGUACAGCAGCGCGUGCUCCUUUAUUGGCCUGUCCAAGAGUUUGUUCUCGCAACAGCCUGGUCUGAUGGAGCGGAUGUGGUUUAUGUUCACCCACGUGUUUUCGUGCGCCAUCGUCCUCGCGUCACUACCUAUCCGAUGCCCCUCGAUCAUGCUUGCUCGUUCGGCGUUCUCCCAUCUCGAGUCCGCUCUUGGGCUAUUUGAGCAAGUGGCCAAGAAUCCCCGUGCGGCAAAAGUUCUGCCCGUGUUACGAACCCAACGCGAAAAGGCCAUCGCCUCGAUGCAAGACGUACAACCACGAAACUCUGUAAUUCUCUCUCGGACAGGCCUGCCGGACUCGCCUAAAAUUAAACAGGAGGACGAUCAGUUGACGAAGUUAGGAGGAGGUCAAACACGUCUGGUCAUGCACCGGCCUUCCUCUAUGCCUUCUUCCCCGUCAAACUCUCCCUCUAUUGCAGCCCCCGGCGUAGUCGUACCGCGUACCUCCCCGCCUACUAUGUACUCAUCCCCUCGCCUGCCACCUCCUCCCGCCAUGGACUUCGACUCGCACUGGGUUGGAGCUGGAUACACCGACCCACCGCCGUCGUACGACUAUACGAAUCGUGCCCCGCCUCCAGAUAUUUGGUCAAACCCAGAAAUGGCCCAACAAGCAUUCGACUUGGCCACGCACGUGUCUCCAUUGACGAUGACGAACAUUCAUGACCAGUUCACGCAGUCCGCAUUCGAUCACGCUAUGUCCGCUUCGCCAUAUCAGGGCGGAACGACGCCACGGACCCCUCCAGCAGACUUUGUGGAUGCAUGGGCGAGUUUUAUGGCCCAGUAUGGGCGUGUAUGAUCAUAUUAUUGAAUUUUGGCUCGUAGUAGAUACAUUGCUUUGCUCACUUGUACGCUUUGCUGACACUUGCACAUUCUGAAUUGUUGUUUGCGGAUGAAGGCGGAUGAGAGCGAAGUUGUCUUAGAUGAGGCUCGUGGAGAACAGACGCACUGUUUCUCGCUUAUUCUCUGUGUAUUUGAUUUUGUUUGUGACCUUUGCUUGUUAUCAUAUCAGUAUGUAGACCUAUGACCCUCGAGCUCUUCGACAUGUAUACGACGUUAUCACUUUCCC